AUGGGACGAAAGUUUAACGAAAAUGAUUUUUUUCUUUUUUUUCUAGGAGUUUGGUCUCCCACGCAAAAAAACGUUGUAGAAAAGACUGAAGAAGAAAAAGAAGAAAAUCAAGAGAGGAAAAAAUUAGAAGAUGAACCCAUCCCACCCGUAUGGACUCCAAAGUCCGCACAAGCUAGUCCCGUUUUAGAAAAAAAAGAAUUUCGUCCCGUUAAUUUUGAAUCUCCCGUUUUAUCCAGGAAAAAAUAUAAUACUCCAGACGAAAAAAGAGAAUCGAGUGUUCCGCCACCAUGGCAGCAUACAGGUGGUGAAUUGCCACUUUUAGCAAAAUCGCCUAGUUCGCCUGCUUUAUCUCUUCCGAAAGCUCCCAAUCCGACGGUGACUCUUCUUCAAAAAGCCAGAGAGGGUCGUUUGCCUCGGGGAGCUCAUUAUCUCAACAGUGAAAUGAAUGAGUUUCCUAUUUCCAACGAAUCCGGAAUCGAAAGGCUUGAAAUAGUAUCAUUGACGAAAAGCGAAUCGGAUCGACCGCGAAAAGUUGAAGUUUCGCCAAAGAAAAUUAUUGGAAUCGGUCCCACAACCAAAGAAGGAGUUCCAUUAGUCCUUAGAUCGGAACUGACAGACGAAAAUAGAGAAAAAUGGUACAAGCGAAUGUACGACUCGUUGCACAAACAAGGAAAUGAUGAAGAUUAUGUAACAGUCAAAUAUCGAACUAGUCCGAGUCGUAAAGGUUUCGGAUAUCAAUCUGAACCCGAAUCAUUAACCUACGAUUUGUCAACGAACAGAUAUGUCACAUUAGAUAGAAGACGAGCAGAGCCGGCCACAACAAGUUCAAUAUCGGUCACAUUACCCAGAUCACGGGAAUCUCCUCCUAGACGUGAUUUAGGAACGUAUAAAAAUCAACCGGGACGUAUUGAGGAUUACGAACCUGGACAUUCUUCCAUUAGCGAAUUAGAAGCUAACAAGUGGUGGGACGAAGUUUUGGAAAUUUUUGACAGGGGAGAAGAAGAUAAAACACGUCCGGCAUACAAAACUCAAUCUUCCCGAUCAUUUACGAAUUACGCUUCGGGAUACGCGAGCGAUCCUCAAUUUGUUUACAAAAGAACGGAAGACGAUUUACAAAGUCCUCCAAGUUCUGAAGAACAAAAAGAAGCGUAUAGAAUAAUUCAAAAAGGCGGUGAAAUACCAUUGAAAGGCCUUAGAAAACCCGCGCCGGAAAGACCCAAAGGUAAAUAUUCUCCGAGUAGGGAAAGAUUACCACGUAACGCACCGCAAAAAGAAAAUUCGUCCUUGAAAAAGAGCACCGUGAAAUACGUGGAAUCCGAAGUUACCAUACAUUACAAGAGUCCCGUAAGAUCCGAAGCGAAGGUCAUGCUGUCGGAAGACGAACUGGCGAGACGUCAGGCGGAAUCGAUGAAACGAAUUUACAAAGAAGAAAGGAGAAGAAAAUAUUUGCAGGAAUUGCAAGACAUGAACAGCAGAAGACACACGGAUAAUUUCAUACCGUCGCAAAAAAGUCCAAUACCGUUGAACAGAUACGACGAUUUUCCGCUGGAAUACAAUUUCCAUUCCGUGGAUCCGGAUCUUGUCGCGAGAGGCUUGUAUGAUUUCGAAGGAAGGCGACCCAGAGAACUGGCUUUCCGUCGGGGUGACAUCAUAUACAUAAUGAGAAGAUUGGAUAAGAAUUGGUGCGAAGGUGUCUUGCUCGAUGGAACCAUGGGAUUAUUUCCGCUGAGCUACGUCGAAGUGAUUCCUUAUCACGAAAUAAUGAAAUACGGUCGUGCAAGAGCCAAGUACGAUUUUGUACCUCAAACAUCAUUAGAACUUCCGGCUCGGAAAGGCGACAUAAUAACGCUGACGCGAAAAAUAGACGAAAAUUGGUUCGAAGGAAAAAUCGGUAACAGAACGGGAAUAAUACCGGCUUCGUACUGUCACGUAUUGGUCACGCCACACGUUAACGUCAACACGCAAAUCCGUUCUGAAAAGGUCAACAAGCCCGUCGCUGCUCCUGCGGCUCAUUCACUCAUACACGACGGAAGUGGCCUUUCUUCGAAACAUUAUUAUGCUCCUUACGUGAGCAGUCCGAAUUCUCCGGAAUUCGAUUUGAAACGUUCGAAUGUAAAAUCUGCAACGCAACCGCUUAACGUUCGCGUUAAUCCGAGGCCCGAACCCGCAUUGUAUCAGGUACUCUUCAACCACGUACCGAAUAACGACGACGAGUUGGAACUUUUACAAGGAGAAACCGUGACGGUUAUUGAAAAAUGCGGAGACGGUUGGUACAUCGGAAGUAAAACGAGCGAUGGAAAAUUGGGAAUUUUCCCAGGGACCCACGUUCGACGCAUCGCACCUGAAUUCGUUUAA